GCGCGGCCUCGCGAGGCAAGGCACGAUUAGGGGACGAUCUUGAUGAUACUAUCAUGCAGGGCACCACACCGGCUAGAAUGGAGUCCAUCAGCCCAGUGAUUGACUGGAAGGACACCAUCCCCCCAGAGGAUCGUCAAGUGACGUUCACUCAGGAGUUCAUCCCUCCA